GAGAAGCAGCAGGCUGGUUAUGGAGCCAGACAGCCAGGUGAGAGAAGCAGCAGGCUGGUUAUGGAGCCAGACAGCCAGGUGAGAGAAGCAGCAGGCUGGUUAUGGAGCCAGACAGCCAGGUGAGAGAAGCAGCAGGCUGGUUAUGGAGCCAGACAGCCAGGUGAGAGAAGCAGCAGGCUGGUUAUGGAGCCAGACAGCCAGGUGAGAGAAGCAGCAGGCUGGUUAUGGAGCCAGACAGCCAGGUGAGAGAAGCAGCAGGCUGGUUAUGGAGCCAGACAGCCAGGUGAGAGAAGCAGCAGGCUGGUUAUGGAGCCAGACAGCCAGGAUUCUACGGCCUCUCGAGAAUCAGUAUCCAACGGGGAGGAGUCAGUCAGCCGGGCGGACCCACUAAGCUCCGCCUCCACCUACAGCCCACCAACACGGAAGUAUCGCAAACGACGAGCCAGCAAGAUACCCGAAGAGACCUCGUCUGACCCUGAGGAGGAUGUGUGUAUUCUGGAUAACACACCUGAGCAGAGAGGCUCCGCCCCCCAGAGAAGCUCCACCCCCACCCCCCAGAGAGUCUCUGCCCAUCAGAGAAGCCCCACCCAUCAGAGAAGCCCCACCCCCACCCCCCAAAGGAUCUCUGCCCCCAGAGAAGCUCCACCCCCACCCCCCAGAGAGGUUCUUCACAUAAGAAAGCUCCACCCCCAAAGGAUCUCUGCCCCCCAGAGAGGUCGUCACAUAAGAGAAGCCCCACCUCCCAGACAAGCCACACCCACCAGAGAAGCCCCACCCCCCGAGAGGCUCCACCCCACCCCCCAGAGAGGGCCUUCACAUAAGAGAAGCCCACCCCCAGAGAAGCCCCGCCCCUCAGAAGGCCUCCACCAGUAAAACGGGAACUGAUCUGAAGUGGAAGCAGCUAUUCAGUGUUGCUAAGGAAUCCAAGGAUCGGUGGAGUGAUGAAGAGGAUUUAUUCGACUCUCCUCACAAAGACAGCUCUGAGGACAACGCCAGUACUACCGGAGGAGGCAGGAAGAGGAUGUGGACAGCAGAGGAGACCGAGUGGGUGAAGGAGGGAGUGAGGCGCUACGGAGAGGGGAACUGGUCCAGGGUAAAGUCCUCUUUCCCCUUCUUGGGCCGAACCGCCGUGAACAUCAAGGAUCGGUGGAGAACCAUGAAAAAGCUCAAGAUGGUCUGAGGUCACCAAACCGGGAGGGACUAACUUGUCCAAUAAGAAAUGCUCUUUUUCGUUUACAUUUGCUACGAGGUGCAGUAACGAAUUCGACGCUGGAGGGCCUCUGAGCUACGCAGGAGAAUGACAUUAUCCAGUUGUGAGAAUGGAUGUUUUCUUUCCACAAAAUAUACAUAUUUGCCCGUCGCACAUCUGUCAACAACGAGGACAGGAAGCUGAAGAUGGUCGAGGGCCUAAGAUAAAUGUUGAUUCUGCCAUUUUUUGAACAUGUUUAUAGAAGUAUUUUAUUUUAUCACUCGUCUUUCUUGGUAGAAUAAAGACUUCUCUUAUACGGACUG